CUUUGACCUCACCCUGAACCUUGCUGGAGGCCCGACCAAUAACCCCACAACAAGCCAAGGAAAAGCAUGUAUAAUCUCCACCUAGCAACCUCUUUUUGGAGCCAGUACAGUGGUGGUGAUGGCGCUGACUUUUAAGAGAGACCCGCUCACUGGCUCACUGGCUAUAACAUUAUGAGCAACAUUAAGAGCAAUCUAAUAGAAUAUAAUACAGCUUUACCACAAAUCUUACUGUUGGGACUGAUGAAUUUAUUUUGUUGACAUGGUCAGACAGAUAACUGUUGUACAUAAUCUUUUGAGGAUAAAAUAGUGGGUGAGUGUGGUCAUGGUGAUAUAAUGAAGUGGAUUGGUGUUCCUUGUGUAUUGUCUACAGGGGGGAAUAGUUACCAAAAUUCAAAUGAGAAAGCAAAGUUAAAAAUUAAAAUGUAUUCACUUAAAUGUUUUUUUUUUUUUCAUUUUAAGAAUAAUAAUUCGAGUCAAAAUUCGAGUUAAUAAUUGAUUUAUAUUUCAUCUUUCAGAAAGCCCAUUAUAAUGAAAAUUUAACUUUCAGAAUAAAAGCCCCGACAAUUAGUUUUCAUAUUUUAAAACGUUAUUUGACAUAUUUGAAAUAAGAAUUAGCAGUACAUUUAUUUAUUUAUUGUUUGUUUGUUUGUUUGUAAAUCUACCCUGCUAAAAAGGUUACAAAUUUCAAUGUACCCAGACUUUGCAGACGUGCGUGGGACACUUGGACUAUCUGCUUCCGGCCGCCGGGUGAGUAAACCGUGGGAUAAUACGGUAUUCUCUCACAACCGGCCUCUACACUUAAAUAAUUAUGUCUAAAAUUUCAAAAAGAAGCAUCCUCUUCGCCAAAAAAACGUUAGAAAUACAAGCAAUCUGUCUAACAACAAUCCAAAACCAUAAACUGAAUACGUGCAAAACUUAUCCCUGUUUGAUGCAUUUCCGGGCACCCACUGUCUGUACGGUCAUGCGACGUCAUCCCGUCCGUCUGGCGUUGCGAGUUUACGUCAUUCUCGUUGGUAGAAAACGGAUUUGCAAAUGGAGGCUGCUGAAACGACCAUAAUCUGAACAACAAAAGGUAGGAGUUGUAUACAGUUAGCUCAUCAGUGAUCCCUCUGACGGGUUUCUUUGUCGUUUAUGUUAAAAAUGUGAUACAAAUAUCAGUUCAGUGUCGUUCUCUAGUUGGUGAAACACGACGUGGACAGUUGGAGCUUUAGCAUCGAGCUAACUUCAGCGAUAGUCAGUGACAGGGUGCUCGACCAGCGACUCAUUAAAUGUUUUUCUAAAGAAAAUCUGCUGUCAUGUUAAGUUAUUACUAGAUCAACACGUUUCUUUUAAACAGUAUUUUGCACAGUAGUAUACCCAUAAUCGAGUUUCUCAGUUAGUCGUCGUGACUAAACAAAGUGGGAUAUUUGUCUCCAUGAUGAUAAUGUUUUUGUUUACCUAUGAGUGAGGAUGGUGGUUUCCCAAAUAUUAAACAUAAUCUCAUUUUUACCAGCGUGUUCUCGUUUGAACUGGCCUUUUUGUAAUAGUCUGAUUAAAAUAAUGAAGUGCACUAUACUGUUAUUAUAUACCAUACUUCAAUCAUAUUGGACUGCAGUUCUUCAGAUAAAAACUUUACACCUUACCACCUUGACAUCUCUUUCAUUCAUCUAAGGUCUUCAGAUAGCACCUCGAACAGAAAAUGUGUAUUGUUUUCUUCAUUGAAACUUUAUAAAUCCCGGGAAUAUCGAAUAGAACCACCCAUGGAAAAGGAAAAUAUGUUUUUUCCCCCACAAAUGCAAAGAUUAAGAAUACACAGUCUUCGAUUAAAAUAAUAAUAGUUCACAUCAAUAGACAAGAUUAACAGAAAAAUUACAGUUCUGACUUUUUCUUGACUGUCUAGUGUGUUUGUGUGUCUGCAAACAUUGGCAAAAGCCUUACAACCAUAGACUGUAUACAGCCCAGUCACAUCAACAAAAUACCAGAAUCUAUUUAUUUCGUUUUGUUUUAUUCUACUUUGCUCUAUCACCAGUAUUGUUGUAAAAACAUAAAGCACACAGUGCUUCAUACAGAGUCGCUCACAGAAUAUUCUGGUGUAAGAAACAUCACACUGUACAUCAAGUGAUUGUAAAUUACACCAAGGUUUUGUGUCACAAUAAAACUGACUAAUUUAGCAGAUUGGUGAUGUGAUUAUUAUGUGUUGCUUAAAUUGAAGUUUCUCUGUAGCAGUUUUUUAUUAGUAUUAUUACUUUUUUUUUAUCUUCAAAUAUAGCCCUGGUUAUGACUAUCUGUUGUUAAUGACUACUUCGUAAUAGAGGGGCCAUGAACUAAUUGAAUAUUGAGAUUUAGACAACAGACAUCCGAGCUGGAACACAGAAGUAAUUUUUAUAAUAAUACAAGUUUCCCAACCAGAGUGAGUUGACAUAAGAUAGCUGUCAUGGGAAUAUGCUCUGUUUUUGAAAGUUUUCCCUGUGUUUGAGAUGUGUUUUUAUGUGAUUUAGAUACAUCAAAAAGGGGAUAAAAGAUUAUUUAAUGGCAUGAUUAUAACAACUGAAAGAAAGGAAAUAAACCUUCACAACCUUGUUGGUGUAUCACUGAGUAAUGCAUGGUCCUUCCUGUCAUAAUUUAGUUUGAGGAGGAUGUCCACUUUUCAUCCUCCAAAGAUUAGCGUGGCAAAAAAAAGUUUACAAACUACUGGUCUAAAAAAAACAUGCAGUAUGAUUAAGGCUUUUUCUCUUUUUGGUUAAAUUUCUUGUUCUACCCUCUAAGAUAAAGCCACUGCCAAAGAAGCAGCUGUCACUCAGGUGGUUUACAUCUGUAAAAUGACAUGUGUCCUGUCUUUACUUCUGUUUUGUAUCAUGUAGUUGUGGCCAUGUCUGAAUCCCUGUAUGAGAAAUUCCUGGCCCCAGAGGAGCCUUUCCCUCUCCUCUCCCAGCGAGCCAACCUUAGUGAUGUGGGGAAUCUGGAUGUAAGUGACUUCAGCUGUCAGCUCUCCUCAUGUCACAGAACGGAUCCUCUACACCGCUUCCAUAGUAACAGGCAAGUACUUAGUGUUCGAGCAUAUCACCAAGUGCAUGUUUCCUGUCUGAUAGUUACACAAAUUUUCCCAGUGUGUUUUCACUUAUCACUUGUAAAACUGCUGUUAUUUUUGAUUGGUUUGGGGAGCAGAGAUCAACUUUUGUGGAAGUGUUUCUUUAGACCAGGGGUGGGCAAUCAUGUUUCAUGGAGGGCCGAGAGGCUGCAGGUUUUCUUGUAUUUUCUUAUAUUUGUUAGGGCAGUGGUUCUUAAGUCCAGUCCUUGAGGCCCACUGUCCUGCAUGUUUUUGAUGUUUCCCUGCUCCAACACACCUGAUUCAAAUGAUCAGCUCGUUAUCAAGCUCUGUAAUGGCUUAAUAACGAGCUGAUCAUUUGAAUCAGGUGUGUUGGAGCUAGGCAUGUGCUGAUAUGACAAAUUUGAUAUCAUGAUAUUGGUGGCCCAAAAUAUCACGAUUCACAAUAUUAUCACGAUACUAGCGCAUUGCUUUUAAUGUUAUUAAAAAUGGCAAAAAAAACUGCGAAAUCACUUCUCUGUGCACAGCAUGACACGCACAAACAAUAUGAGCAAGAGGCAGCUAACGCGAUGUUGGGAGCAUAAGCUUUUUGGAGCUAAAGUUAGCAGAAACGUCACUAACGUUGUCAAUAUUAAGCAGUAGAGUAGACCAAACUUGUUGCAGUCAUGUUGUUUUUACCUUUUUAAUAGGAGGAUUCAGCCAAUAAAAUGCUCUCUACCUUGACAGAUUACUGUACAGUUUAUGUUACCAAGUGCAUCUCCAUAUGUGCAUUUUUGGGACACAUAAAAACAGAACGUAAGUUUGCUGCUCCAUUUGACAUGUUGUCAUGAUCUAAUACUCGUGUUUUUUAAAACAUCAGAUCAUAUCUCCUCCACUUUAAGAAGCUAAUGAGCAGAUGGAAUGCAUUGUGGACACGCUCCAACAGUGCUUUGAGUGGCUGCAAUGCAUUAUGGGUGGCCAUGCAUUUUGUUGUAAAAUUUCUUCAUUUUCUCUUUUAAUGUUCCAGUUUUUGUAAGGCUGGAAUUAAUGUACUUAAUUCGAAUGUUCUUUUGGAUUUGGGACUACUUUUGUGGUGGUUUGUUUGUACAUUUUGCGACUGAGGCUUUGACACUGUGGGUAAGACUACAAGCGGGUUAGGUUGGUAAGCACUCAGCUUCGCUUGCUUCCACUGAGUUUCACUGCCACUCAUCUUUACAUUAUAAUUGUGGAAAAAUUUUUACAGUACCUUACGAUUUCCUAAUCGCGGCCGUUUAAUAUCGCAUAUCGCGAUCAUAUCGUAUAUCGGCACAUCCCUAGUUGGAGCAGGGAAACAUCCAAAACAUGCAGGACAGUGGGCUUAGAGGACUGGACCUGAGAACCACUGUGUUAGGGGAAUGCCAAGACUCUCAGCUAGUGAGACUAGAUGAGACCAGGCUCAAGAUUGGGUUCGCAAUUUCAAGCUGAGAUGAGAAAUGAGGACUGAUUUUCGAGACAGCCUCAGUGAUGAAAUAUAUGCCCAGAAAAAGGUUUCUGACUCAAAUAGAAAUCUCGAUAUUUAUAACAUUUCAGGUUCAUUUUGAAACGUUUCAACGACACACAAACUUGUAAUAAAUGUCAAGUCAGUCUUUAUUUCUGAGUAUGAAUUACCCAAUGUGGUAAACACUGUAGAAGUGUCGUCAUUCUCAGGUUAGCCUGAUGCUGCUUGAGAAAGGCAGAGAGAAGUUUACUUGUUCACCCAAGCAGUCCUCCCAUCAUACAGAAUCAUGGGUAAUCAGAGUUAGAAAUAGGGUUAUUUGCAUCUAGUUAUUCAUAUUUCCUCUAAAGAUGGGCUUUUAUGCUUUUUUCACUGUCAUUUGAUCCAUUAGGCUAUUUACGUGACAAGAAUAUAGGCAUACAUUUUCUCUCAUCUAUGUCUCCCUCUGCCUUAGUGACUGCAUGUAGCACAAAAAACUCUGUUUUUAUCCUUAAAUGUCAGUUUAUGCUCUUUUACAAUGCUGGGUACACAGAGCUUGUAAUUACACACUACCAUGCUGUAGUUAAAACAGCAUGCUAAACCAGUGGUCAACCAAUAUUGUUGGUAAUUAGAGAGGACGGGUGCGUUUCAGAAAGCAGGUUUAGUGCAAACUCAGAGUCUGUUAACCCUGAAAUGAGGGAGGCUGGUUUUACUGUUUGAGAGAAGGAUGUAACUCAAACUCAAGAAGGAGGGACAAACCAGAAAGAGAACCAACUGAAGCUCGCAGUCAGUUACUGUGGCAACUGAGUCUGUGAACCUGGUGAGGAACAGGUUUUCUUUAAUCAACUCCAAGUUCCCAACCCCAUGCUGAAGAGGGGCAGUUUGGAGUGGUAUUUUAGACUGUGCUGAGAUGCCAUGGGACUGAUUUUCAUGCUUAAAGAUUAUCCGUACAUGUUGUUCCUAAAUUAGUAGCCUUGGGUUUCACAGAAUUUCACAACUUAGCACCCAAUUACACCUUAAUUUCAAAGGUUCAACAAUUUUCAGAGAUGAUCAACAACAACUCCUUGUCCCUCUAGGUGGAACCUUACCUCUUGUGGGACCAGUGUUGCCAGUUCAGAGUGCAGUGAGGAGCUCUUUUCCUCUGUGUCUGUGGGAGACCAGGACGACUGCUACUCCCUCCUGGAUGACCAAGAACUCACCUCCCUUGACUUCUUUCCAGAGGGCAGUGUUUGCAGUGAUGUCUCCUCUUCUAUUAGCACUUACUGGGACUGGUCAGACAGCGAGUUUGAGUGGCAGGUUGGUAACCAGACGGCAUUUUUUUCUACACCACAAAGAUGAAUGACUUUGCAGUUGUGCUCAAUCAUGUGAAUCUCAUUGCAGUCUUAUGUUUGGAUCAGAGUGGGUGUAGGUUUUAAAGUGAUAAGUUGGCAGCUGUGUCCGUUCUGCUAUAUGUAUCUUUAUUGCUUAUUCUGCAUCUUGUUUUUUGUAUGUUUGCCUCCCAGUUGCCAGGAAGUGACAUCGCCAGUGGCAGUGAUGUCCUCUCUGACAUAAUUCCAAGUGUUCCAAGUUCACCCUGUCUGUUUUCUAAGAGGAGGCCGAAGACUCAUCCACAUCGCAACUUGGAUGAGUUGCCAUGGAGUGCCAUGACUAACGACGAGCAGGUAAACAAGAAGUGAUUUAUAAAAGCUAACUAUCUACACUGGUGAUGAGCAACAUGGCUUCAAACUUAUAUCACUUCAAGGAAAUGAGGUGUAACAAUAUUUAUUUGGCACUAGAGAAACAGUACUAAACAAAGUUUGAACAGGGAUUGCAGUUUGCUGGAAGCAGUAUUUAAUAGUGCAAACAGAAUGAAAGGGCAUUUUCUAUCAUAGCUGAACUGACCCCAGAAAACAGAGCAAGUGCAAAAAAGUGAAUCAGCAAUAUUCACCACCGUCUAUAUUCAACAUAAUUCUUUGCUGCAAUAAGCAUUAAAAACACUUCAAUUACCAAGUACUUGCUGUCUACCUUUCUAUUUAGUUUUCAGUACGGGAAGUGACAUCUAGUCAAAACUAACAAAAUCUGACAUGUGCCUCUGUUUCCCUCAACCAGGUGGAGUACAUUGAGUACCUCAGUCGGAAGGUGAGCACAGAGAUGGGCCUGAGAGAGCAGCUGGACAUAAUCAAGAUUAUUGAUCCCAAUGCUCAGAUCUCCCCGACUGACAGUGAGUUCAUCAUAGAGCUCAACUGUCUGACCGAUGACAAACUCAAGCAGGUGAGUGGUAACACGGUCUCUGAUGUCAAUUGUUCUUUGUCAACUUUGUAAUGAGCACCUACGUGAAAGUCACAUCAAAGAACUGACAACAUCCAUUAACGCGUGUUAACAGUUAACCAACUCUUCCUGUUAAGUUUUAAAGCUUGUAUGGCUCUCAGUUUACAUAAAUGGUCCGUAUGAAAAGUCAUAGAGGAAGAGAGAGAGCUGUAAUGGCCAAGUAAAUCAAGAAAACCCUGGGACAUUUCAUUAGACAAGAUAUUAUAAGUUUGUCAAAGUAGUUUUUUCAAACUUUUUAACAAUGUGGAGGUAUAAACCAGAGUACAGUGAGAGCACAAUCAUUUUUAUUAAACCGCACAUCUUGGUACUUGAUUUGAUUUGUGUGGUGUCCUCAGGUGCGUAACUACAUCAGAGAGCACAGCCCAAGGCAGCGGGCAGGCAGCACCAGAGAGGGCUGGAAAAGGAGCAGUCAAAGCAGUGCAAGCACUGGAGGUGUAAGUGGGGCUAGCAGCAGUAAUGCCAGCAUGGUCAGCUCUGCCAGCUCCUCCACUGGCUCUACAGCUUCUAACUCUGUAGCAGGUAAGCCGGUUUGUAGGCCAUGGGGCAAUGGGAAAUCUCUUGUCUUAAAUGAAUAGUGAUGGGAAUGUGCAUUUGUUGUUCAAACAUUUAGCACUUUUGACUCAAGGUUAAAUGUUCAUCUUGGUGUUAAUCUGUCAGUUCUUCCUGGUCUAAAAAAAUGCUCCAAACUUUGCAUUCGAAGGUGGGACAGCAUCAGCCUGUAGUGGAAGCAGCGUUGCCAACAUCAGCAGAGCUCACAGUGAUGGCAACCUGUCCAGUGCUGCAGAGCGCAUUCGGGACUCUAAAGUGAGUGAGCUGAACAUAUUUGUGUAGACUUCUUUACGGGUAUUAUUAGAAAAAUACCAGAACUUUUGACCCAGUGAGUGUGCAUUUGCCUUCAGACCAAGGUUGGAAAUUAGCUUAAUUGUACAUGUGGCUGGAAAAAAAAAAAAUCCAAGUUAGUAAUUUUAAUUGGCCUUUUUGUUUUACCUAACAGUAUCUUAUAGUGCAGUAUGGCGUUAAUCUAGCAACUAGUUUAGAUUCAGUUUUAGCUGUGGUCUUCUGGUUUUUGUUUUGUGUUUUGAAUAUAUUCUGUAUGAUUUUCCGUAUGUUACACACACACUGAAAUCAUUAGGACACAUCAGUAAAGUGUCCCAAACUUAUUAUAAAUCAAUAUUAUAUCACACUUAUAUAGCAUCAGAUAUUUUCACUAACUUUAGUCCUCUUCAUUAGUUUAAAAGUGACUUAUUUUUAGAAUUCUAUCAUCCCUGCUUCAUAACCUUUUUUCAAUAAAGUGUGAGUAAUUGUUGCUUCAUUGUGUAAACAUUAUUAAUUCUUCUAUAUGCCACACUAUUUUCCAGAAACGUUCAAAGCAACGCAAACUUCAGCAGAAAGCGCUUCGUAAACGGCAACUAAAAGAACAGCGUCAGGCCCGCAAGGAGCGUCUGAGUGGACUGUUUCUAAAUGAGGAGGUGCUGUCCCUGCGAGUAACAGAGGAGGAUGACCAUGCCGAUGACCUUGACAUACUGAUGUGACACCAGUGAAUAAGUCAGUGCUCCCUCUAUGCCUGCUCUCUCAGUUCCUGGCCGCUACCAUGAGAGCAUAGACCAUGUUUAAUGCAAAUCUCUUUAUCCAUUAGCUUUUAAUGGGCUCACAUGUUUUUGUAACUUUUUUUUAGAGGGAUGUCUGAAAGGCAGUUGUUGCUUGUUGUAAACUUCUGUUGGCGCAUUACUUGCUUCCUCUCUUGUAGUACCAUUGGUGCAAAACUGACAAAAAUGCAGUCGCUAUAUAGGUAGUUCUGACAAAAAUGUAAAAAAAAAAAACUUAUUUUCACCAUUUUUUUCCCAUUGUGAUUAUUUAAAGGCUGAGAUACAGUAUUUCACAGCUUUUACAGUUUGACAAAUGUAUUAAGAUCUCUAAAUAAUUGACAGCACUUAAGCUGAUUUAAGUUUUCACAAAUACUGAAUUUACAGCCACAAUUUUCAGGGCUAUUUCUAUACAGCUCAUCUUGUCAGUCAUGGCCAUAAUCUAAAAUGCUGCAGGCAGUAUUGUUGCAAAAAACAUAUUCAACCAAAGUGGCUGAUCAGUACAAAUUAUCAGUAGAAAUUAGACAGCAAAGUAGAUUGAUCAGACUAAAGGUUUCUGAAUAGAGACAUCUAUUCAUCAAAUGUUUACCUCAUACUGUGUGUAAAUAUUAAGCCUAAUUCAGAGUUUAGGAAUAAUAUAAUCACCGUAUAUAAUCACACUACAAACAGCACAGAUCAGGGAAAACAUCCGUGUUUAAGGGGUUUCUAACGUUUUGACUUGAGUUUAAAGAAAUGAUCUGGUCUGUGUCUCCAUGUCCUGAGUGUUCCUGCAUCAUUUCACCCUGAAGGCUUAGAGGGAGCACUGAAACAGCCCGUGUUUAAAUCGUCUCCCACACAAGUCCCUGUGUUGUCCAAUAAAUAACAGCUUGCAUUAAUAUUUAAAAACACCUGUUGAAAUCUAGUGUAUGUAUUGUAGAAAAAUGAGAAAAUUCUACUGUUACUAAUUGCUUUAGGGUUUCCUAGUGCUAAAGGUGUUAUUCUGUAUAUUUUCCCCUCUAUGUUUGUGUAUCUUAAUGCGUUUUUUUUUCCUCCUCUCUUAAUUAUUUUGCUGCUUUAUUGGAAUUUUGGUUUGAAGCUUUUUGCAGAUUUUUUUCGAAGUACUUGAGGUGGUAGUUCUCUGAGACAUAUUUUAAACUGACUCUGGAAUGAUCUCCAAUCUUGUUUUCUAGCAUUACUCUUUGUUUCUAACAAAGGCCUAAAUAAACUCAGACUAUUCAUUCAUUCAGUUUGUGUGACUGUUUCUGUGGCUAGUUUGUCUUUGAAUUACACUUUGGGCAGAUGUGCAUUGAACAUAAAGUGAUUAACAUAGACUUGAAUUUCUUGUUGACAAAUUAAAAAAAAAUCAACAUCCAGGUUCUGACUAAACACUAAUGCAGCAGGAGCAGCUUAUAAUCAGUUUAAGCUGCUUCAUGUUUCACAUUCACUGUAGAUGCUUGUGUUGUUGUGUCUAAUUCAUAUUAGAAGCACUUUGCCUCUCCCUGGUAAUGUGAUCAACCAUGUCUAACCCUUAAUGUGUGCCGAGCUCUGACAUUACAGCCAUUAAUCAUAUCAUCAUGUAGAGUGGUGCUGUAUUGAUCCUGAAGUUUUGAAUUAGUAAAACUACAAAAGCAGAUAUUUGCAACUCAGGAGUUACUUUGACAAUUUAACAACAGGCAGUGUAAAUAUGGUCAGAAUAAAAGAUCUAGAGCUGUGUUUUGCUGUUUACAAUUUUAAGUGAUGUAAAGCAACAUCUUAAAUCAUUCACCGGGGGGAAAAAAAGAAGAAAUGGGGAAAAAGAUUCAGGUUAAAAUAUUUGGAGGAUGACCAGUUGGUUCUUGAUCCUUGAAUUACCUCUUAAAGAGCAGUAAUGCAAUUUGGUUUCUGGUUUUAGUUUUUACCACCACUCAGCCUAGAAAGCGUAGAUCAACAAUGUAUUUUAUCACAUAAUAAUGUGAUGAGUUUAUUGAUCUAACAAUAGAAGUUUUACCUUAUAAUUGAUACUGAUCAGUAAUCUGGAUUUUUUUAAGAUAAGAUAAGAAAGAUAAGGAAAGAAGAACUUUAUUAAUUCCCGAAGGAAAAUUUAAUUGUCUGUUUUCUCACAUAAUGUGUCUAUAAAAGUUAUCUACUAUUUACAUAAGAGUUAUAAAGUCUAAUGGCUGUUGGUACAAAAGAUCUUCUGAAUCUUUCUGUCCUGCAGCGAAGUGUGAGAAGCCAUCCACCACCAUUGGUCCUUUGGUCCAUCAAGGUGUUGUGAAGUGGGUGAUCCAUGUUCUUGAGAAUAGUCUCCACUUUCCUCAGUGUAGAUCUCGCUCCACCACAUCCUCCACUGAGUCCAGUUUGAGUCCAACCACAGAACCAGCCUUUUUCACCAGUUUUUUAAGACGUCUUGCAUCAUUUUAUUGGAUCCACUGAGAUGUUUUUCACCUUAUUUAUACACUUACUUAAUUUCAGUUUUUUUUGCCAUGUAGAGAGUCAAGCCAUUCAGGUGUUGGGAACAUGACUCAGAUCCUUUUUUAGUGACUCAGACUUGACUCAUACUUAAACUCCUGGGACUGGAGACUCAUCUUCGACUCAAGGUUUACUGCAGUGAACAGCUUCGAGCACUUCAGAGCUCCAUCCUGGUUAUAGCAGCUCUUACCUCAGUGUCUUCUGAGAUUAGCUCAGAGAGCAAACAUCGACAUUGUAAAACCAACAGUAUGCAGCUUUCACCUUUGUGACAGAAAAGGGAAUUGUAAGUUGCUGCCCCAACAACUUGUCACUCAUCCUGAUUCGCUGCCUUGAAACAGCGUAUUCUGGAGAUGAGUGAAAUCCCUGCACUGCAGCUGAGAGGCGGAUGCCGAACCAAGAAAAACAAAAGACUGAUGGAGCUGGUUCAAGAGCAAAAUAAGCCUCUCAUUUCUAACCUUGAGAGACACAACCUCAACACCAAUCAUGCUCACAGUAAGCGCCAUCUGCAUUGCCUAAACAUCAUCGAAGGAGCCCCAAAAUCAGGAGAAAUAAGUCUUGACACUGGAAGCGCA